GGAUAAUCUCGCACGCUUUCGCUUUGGAUACUCCCGCAUGCUUUCGCUAUCAAGGCACCACAACUUUGCAGUCCAAAUUGUGCUCAAAUGAAUGUUGUGAGAUUGCCAAGCUGAGAUUAUUUGAUCAAUACAAAAGGAAUGGACUAGCUGAAAUCAAACAAAGAAGUUGUCAAGAUAAAUGGGCUGGAAUGAACUUUGGUUUUUCCCUUGUGUCCUGGAGAUCUAGGUUAUGGAGUUCAGUCUAUUUUAUCGCUCCUCUCUCUAUGUGUUCAGCCAUGCAUGAUUGCGAGCAACUUGCCCCUCUUAGGCUCUUACCAGGUCAUUUGAGAACGAGGAGCUACAUGUUGAGUUUUGGGGCCGCCAUAGCAACGCAUGAAUCAGGAUGGAUGGAGGCUGGAGCAGAGCCUGAAAGGUGACUGGAGACGGAUAGUCGUAGCUCGUCUCGCUCAGUUGCUCGCUAGCCCUUCAAUCUUCGCACUUUGGUCUUUCGCAGAAUCGCAGUUCAAGCCACUUGUCCCCUUCGCUUCACGCCUUCACUUAGUUCACCCCUGCACCCUUUUUCUUUUGCUAUUGGGCUACCUAAUACGGAGUAGUAGUAAUACUACUACUACUAAAAAACAGUGGGCCCUUCCAAUUUUUUUGGGCCCUAUGCAGUUGGGCUGUCCACACCCCCGACCCGGCCCUGAUCAGGAGUAAGGUGAGCGCUUUUUAUGCCUAAAGCGAGGGAGUACUCUAUUGCCGUGAGUGCGCCUCAUGACUUUGUAUUGAAUACCUUUGAGGAUUUGAGUACUACAAAGGGAUCAAAUAAUGUAUGCAAUUAUUAGUAAUAAAAUUUCAUCUAAUUGUUUUGAAUAAAAUAUGUUUAUCA